AUGCAGACCCUUAACGCCAGCCGCCGCGCCGCGGCCCCCGGCCGCGGCCCCGCCCGCCGCGCCGCCCGCGCGGCCGCGCCCAAGGCCUUCGGCUCCAACGGCAGCACCGCGCUCGCCACCACCCAGAAGCUCGCCGAUGUCGAUGCCUACCAUGAGGCCUGGAUCUCCGCCGUCAACCCCGAGGCCGCGGGCGCCGCGGUAACCAUGAACGGCGACAGGGAGGUGUUCGAGACCGACUCGCGCGACGCCUACUUCACCCGCCGCCACGAGCUGGUCCUCAAGAGCUUCCCCAACGCCCUGGGCGUUGAUGACUUCAUCAGCCGCGUGGAGAUCGCCCUGGCCGCCCACGGCUUCCGCGGCGACAACUCGAUCGCGCGCGGGCGCUGCGUGUGA